AUGAAAGCCAAGGUGGUGUUCGAAGACAACAAUCAACAAUGGGUAAAUCCUGGAAGGUUAGUCACAUUCCAACGCAUACACUAUGUGACACCUGCUCAACAACAAAGAAAACCUCGGAUAAAGAAAAGAACUGCACAAGAAGAACCCCACCUAGAAGAACCUCACCAAGAAGAACCCCAACAAACAGGGCACCAGCAAGAAGGACAAUUUGAUCCAACCAAUAUAAAUCUGUAUCACAUCAAGGAAGCCAUUGAGUAUAUGGCAAGUAGCUAUAUGGAGGGACAAGAACAGCAACUACAUGUCCAAGCUCAAAGGAUGGAUCAUCAAGAGAAACUAUUCUCUAGUUGGAUAGAUCAACAAAGAGAGUGGCAGAAACAGCAAAUGGAGUUACAACAGGAGCAUUACUCCCAGCUCACCCAAGCCAUCAAUCAAGUGCCCAAAAGGCAAGAAAGCCAAGACAAACGCCUUUAA